CCCUCCUCACCAGCCAGUGGAACAGACAUGCUAAGAGCCAAGGAUGCCCUCCUGCGCCUGUGGCCCCACCACUGCGCAUGCCUGGCACAACUUCCAGCCUGCCGGCUUGUGUGGCGCUCGCUGCACAGGCAGCCGCUGCACCCCGACUGGGCUGCCCUUGCCCAAAAGCAGCUGAAAGGCAAGAAUCCAAAGGAUUUAAUUUGGCACACCCCAGAGGGGAUCGACAUCAAGCCCUUAUACUCGAAAAGGGACACGGACGACCUCCCUGAGGAGCUGCCAGGGAUGAAACCUUACACUAGAGGACCCUACCCAACCAUGUACACGUACAGGCCGUGGACUAUUCGCCAGUAUGCUGGCUUCAGUACAGUGGAGGAGAGCAAUAAGUUCUACAAAGACAACAUUAAAGCUGGCCAGCAGGGAUUAUCUGUUGCUUUUGAUUUAGCCACCCACCGUGGUUAUGAUUCAGACAAUCCACGAGUUCGAGGAGACGUUGGGAUGGCCGGAGUUGCCAUUGAUACAGUGGAAGACACCAAAAUCCUUUUUGAUGGAAUUCCUUUAGAGAAAAUGUCAGUUUCUAUGACAAUGAACGGGGCAGUCAUUCCCAUAUUGGCAACAUUCAUUGUAACCGGAGAAGAACAGGGAGUGUCUCAGGCCAAGCUGACAGGGACAAUCCAAAAUGAUAUCUUGAAGGAGUUCAUGGUCAGAAAUACCUACAUUUUCCCCCCAGAACCAUCGAUGAGGAUUAUUGCUGACAUCUUCCAGUACACCUCAAAGCAUAUGCCAAAAUUUAAUUCCAUUUCAAUCAGCGGGUACCACAUGCAAGAGGCAGGAGCUGACGCUAUUCUGGAAUUAGCUUAUACUAUAGCAGAUGGCUUGGAGUACUGCAGAACUGGACUUAAAGCUGGCCUUACAAUUGAUGAAUUUGCACCAAGGCUCUCCUUCUUCUGGGGAAUUGGCAUGAACUUCUACAUGGAAAUAGCUAAGAUGAGAGCUGGGAGGCGGCUGUGGGCUUACUUGGUAGAGAAGAUGUUUAAGCCCAAGGAUCCCAAAUCUCUUCUGCUGAGAGCUCACUGUCAAACUUCGGGCUGGUCGCUCACUGAGCAGGAUCCCUUUAACAAUGUUAUCCGUACUACAAUUGAAGCAAUGGCUGCAGUGUUUGGAGGUACACAAUCUUUGCAUACAAAUUCAUAUGAUGAAGCCUUGGGUUUGCCUACGGUGAAGAGCGCUCGCAUUGCUCGGAACACACAGAUCAUAAUUCAGGAGGAGUCAGGUAUUCCUAAAGUGGCAGACCCCUGGGGAGGAUCUUACCUCAUGGAGUGCCUCACCAAUGAUGUCUAUGAAGCUGCUUUAAAGCUUGUUGAGGAGAUAGAAGAAAUGGGUGGAAUGGCCAAAGCUGUUGCUGAGGGAAUUCCUAAACUUCGUAUUGAAGAGUGUGCAGCCCGAAAACAAGCCAGGAUUGACUCUGGGUCUGAAGUAAUUGUUGGAGUAAACAAGCAUCAGCUAGAAAAAGAGGAGGCAGUCGAAGUUCUGGCUAUUGAUAAUACUUCAGUCCGUAGCAAGCAGAUCGAGAAGAUCAAUAAGGUGAAGGCUAGUAGAGAUGAAGCAGCAGCCCAGCAGUGUCUCGCUGCUCUAACACAGUGUGCUGCGACUGGGGAAGGCAACUUACUUGCACUUGCAGUGGAAGCAGCACGUGCAAGGUGCACUGUUGGAGAAAUAACCGAUGCAAUGAAGAAGGUGUUUGGGGAGCAUAAAGCCAGUGACCGAAUGGUGAGCGGAGCUUAUCGCCAGGAGUUUGGAGAGAGUGAUGAAAUUCUUCAUGCCAUCAAUAGAGUUAACAAGUUCAUGGAUCGUGAGGGGCGCAGGCCUCGUAUACUUGUUGCAAAGAUGGGUCAAGAUGGCCACGACAGAGGAGCUAAAGUCAUUGCUACAGGAUUUGCAGACAUUGGCUUUGACGUGGACAUCGGCCCCCUCUUCCAGACACCUCGAGAAGUGGCCCAGCAGGCAGUUGAUGCAGAUGUGCACUGUGUUGGUGUAAGCACACUUGCAGCGGGUCAUAAAACUCUUGUGCCUGAACUCAUCAAAGAACUCAAUGCCCUUGACCGGCCAGACAUUCUUGUCAUAUGUGGAGGUGUCAUCCCACCUCAGGAUUACGACUUCCUGUAUGAAGCUGGUGUUACCAAUGUGUUCGGUCCAGGGACUCGUAUUCCGAAAGCAGCCAUCCAAGUGUUGGAUGAUAUUGAGAAGUGCCUGGAGAAAAGGCAGCAAUCUAUGUAA